GAGUUAAAAUAAUAUAUCAAUUGAACAACAAAAACAAAUACAUACACGAUACAUUCGAGCCUAACAAAAUAAAGCGUACAUUAUAACACACAUAAAAGAACAUAUCCUGCAAAACAUAUUGAUACAAAUAUAGAUUUAGUCAGCCUAAGGAAGAUCCAUCGCAAUGCCAUUGAGUGGCGACUUUAGUAUCCUGAAAUUCGAGACCUAUGAGGACUAUCUGCAAUCGUUUGCCAGGGUUGAGGAAUAUCGUUAUUUGGGCAGCAAAAGAGUCAUAGGUGCGAUGGUAAAGCUCGGCUAUUGCACGAAUGCCCCAAUAAUGGAAAAGGAUGAAUUCCUUUUGCGCAGGCAGCGCUUAAAGCAAUCGCUCAACCCAAAGGUAAUAGAUAAGUUGUUUAGUGUUUAUCGGACAAGUGAUGAUCCGGCGUUAGUUGCCCUGGCCGACCGGGAGGAGCCCAAUGUGCUAAUGAGUCUAUCGACCAUUAUCUUCCUGCAAGUACGACAGCGCAAUGGCUCCGAUAUAUCGGGAUAUAUUGACUAUGCGGACAGCUUGCGUGCCUGUAGCCAGCACAUGCUUGGGGCUAUAAAUUGGCGUGCCGUUUUCGAGGGUCGCAUUAUGCUGCAGCCCGAUCGCACCCACUUGAGCUUUUAUGACUGGCACAGGGGGUCCCUUACAUUCAACCAUAGCGACAACUACAAAGUCGUAAAUUAUGGCGGUCGUCUCUUGUUCAAGCACAAUGCCGAUCAUAAGAUUGUUCCUGUCACAGCUACGGAAAGCAUAUUUCAGGAUAAUGUGAUGCGCACAUUUAUUGAAUCGCCAAUGUAUGGCUUAAUGAUUUUGUAUGACCAUCAUGUCCGAAAGGCUUUUUAAACAUUCCAUUGCCUUUAUACAAAAAUACAAAUAAAUACGCAUUUUUACACAACUUUG